AUGGCGACACAGAUGUUAUCGUGGGUCCCUGUGUUCAACCGCUUGUUUUCAUAUCUUCCCAGGAGUAAUUCCGUCUCUCAGUGGAUCGACCUCCCCUCCGUGGCGAUCCAUGAUGUGGAAACAGCUCCAGAGAAGAGACCCCGGACCCUGAAGCAUCUCAUCCGGGCAAACCAUGUCAACCACUCCAUACUCUACCACAGCCUGCAAUACCACAAUCACAUGCCGCAUCUUCUUGGCUCUGCGUACCUCCUCGGGGCGAAUAGCGAUCAGUUGCAGGCCAUCUAUGAAGAGGAGUCGAAGGAGCUCGAACCAUGGCCGGCAUCCCCUGCAGAAAUAACAGAAGCAGACUGGCGCCAGUUUCUAGGAGACAAGAAAUACCAAAGGGCAUACGUGGAUUUUUUUGAAGACGAGUUGGCUUUGAAGUUCGAAUACGAUUGGAAGAAAGUAGUGGAGGAAUAUAUGUUCAGUGGGAAACAGCCUUUGAUCAACGGGCUUAUUGGAGGAUUUGGCCAUCCUCUGAUUCAUCUGGGCUACGCUUAUGAACUCCAGAGCAAAGAAUUGGCAAUGGAGGCCCUCGGAAUGGCCGCCACAGCAUACAACUACCUCCACAAGUAUCUUGACGACGCUUCCUAUACCAGAGAAUCAACUUACUCUACCACAUCACCUCUUGAAAUCCUACACAGAAUAAAGGAGGACAAAAGAUUUGACGGCUUAUAUGAUAGCCCUGAUGUAGGCAAAAUCCCGUCACUCUUUGAAAACCACGAGAACCUGGUCCUGGAGUACUGGAACGCCUGGAAGAUCGUCGAUCCCAAGAAGCAGUUCGAGGAUUCCCAAGAAGCCGCCGUUGCCUUACUAGUCCGGACAGUACAACCCGGCACCCAUGCCUACGAUUUCUUCGUCUGCCAUCUGCUCACGACUAGCCACGCGGUCCGGAUCCUGAUCCCGUUGAUCCCAAGGAAAUUCCACGUCAGUCUCGUGAGGCAGUGGUGGCUCCUGACCAUCGCUAUCUACAUAACUCAGGCCCGGCCGAAGAUCAACGAAGAUAUCGAGACCAAGCCGACCAAGCAGUGGAAUUACGUUGAGGAUAGAGCCGUGAACGGACCGUGGGCCAAGGAUGCUCACUAUGUGAAAGCCCUUCGAGCCAUGAAAGAGGCAGCCCUCACUUGGGGCGACGUCCACGAUCGAUACUUAGCGGCGGCAGUUCAUUUCGCAGAUGAUUUCCACGGCUGGACUGGCUUCGGAGGUCCCUCUGCUGAAACCAACUAA